CUCAGUGGGGAGGAGGGGGUGCGCUGCCGCGGCGGACUGGCCGGGCUUGGGUUUCUCGAAGGGGCGGGAGGCGGCGGCACAAAGGCCGAGGCACGCGAGGGCAGCGGCAGCCUCUGCGAGGGGGACCUCCAGGUGGGAGCCUCUAAACUCCGACAAGGGCGUCAGGUUAGGCUGUGGUGGGCCGCCCGGAGCUCCUGCCCCCGCUCCUGCUCCUCAUUGUCCACGGGGGCCACGGUCAAUUUAUGCCCCGGGCGUUGUUGCUUGAGUCUGGCGAUGCCUUUCCCCUGGGCACAGCUGAGCCUAGCCCUGGUGCUGCUGACUCUGGGGCCCAGCCCGGCACUGGCGGGGCCGGUCAGCACCUGUGACGCUAACGGGAGCCUGUACUACGUGGGCGAGUGGUACUUCUUGCACAGCGACCACUGCACCCAGUGCGAGUGCACGCCCGAAGGGCCAUCCUGCGCUCGCACGGACUGCGCCGCCCUGCCACCUGCCUGCAUCCACGUCAGCCACUACCCCAGCGACUGCUGCCCACGCUGCGAACGUGUCGGCUGUGAACAUCGAGGACAGGUUUACGAGUUGGGACAGCACUUCCAGCCAUCAGAAUGUGAACAGUGUACCUGUGAUACAGAUGGCAUAGCUCGCUGCCUAGUGGCUGACUGUGCCCCUCCACCAUGUGUCAAUCCUGUCUAUGAGAAGGGUCACUGCUGCCCCACCUGCAAGGAUGGACCCAACUGUUAUGUGGAUGCGAGCCAGCGUCAAAUCAUUCCUUCUGGGGAAAGUGUUUGGGUGGGGCACUGCAUGCAUUGCCAGUGUCAUGAUGGCCAAGAUGCUGGCUACUGGGAAGGAAAUCGCGUAGCCAAGUGUGAGCUAUUACCAGGCUGCCAGGCUACAACUGGACACCAUGCUUGAGCUUGUUAUACCUAACAAUUCCUCAGCUAUGCCACCAAAUUAAUACAUUGCUCAAAUCCCCACUCAUACAAGCAAAGCCUCUUCACCAACUCCUCAGUCCAGCCCAAACUCUCUAUCUGCACAGAUAAGCGCUACAUCUAGUACUACUUCCUUUUUCCCAUGGAUAUUCUGAACAUGGUACUAGCUCACACACUUUGCAUCAGCAAACCCUUUGAACGUUUCCCUUUAUUUAGGGCAUUACUGUUACUCAACCCUCAGGCAGAUUUCUCACCCAUCUGUUCCACUCUAGCUGUGUUCAGAAAUAACACUGUCCUUUUAAACAUCUCCUGUGUAACUGGAACAAGCAACAAUAAAGUAUCCUGGUGGAAUUGGUCUCAA